GAUGUGAGUGGCGAGAGAGUGAAGAAAGGUGGAAACGCAUACGUAUAUAAGAGCAUUAGAAGGAGAAAGCAGAGGCGCGUUUGUGUGGCAAUGGAUGUUGUAAUAGAGGUUCUCUCCGGUGCGCACUUCUCUGGUUGGCAUCCUUCAACGACUUCUUCUUCUUCUCCAACACCCUCACGUCACCCUUUCGUCAUCGGGGUCUCUGGAGGUACUGCAUCGGGGAAAACCACAGUGUGUGAUUUGAUCAUUCAGCAACUGCAAGAUCACAGAGUUGUACUUGUCAGUCAGGAUUCGUUCUACCGGGGUUUGACAAAUGAUGAGUUGAAACGCGUUCAUGAAUAUAAUUUUGAUCAUCCUGAUGCAUUCGACACAGAGCAACUUGUAGAAACCCUCGGUAAGCUCAAAUCUGGACAAUCGGUUCAGGUUCCAAUAUAUGAUUUUAAGCUCCAUCAGAGAUCUUCAGACAGAUCCCGACAGGUCAAUGCAUCUGAAGUAAUCAUUCUAGAGGGCAUAUUGGUUUUCCACGAACAAAGUGUCCGCAACAUGAUGAAUAUGAAGAUAUUUGUUGAUGCAGAUCCAGAUGUAAGGCUUGCCCGCAGAAUAAGACGUGAUACUGUUGAGCGGGGUAGAGAUGUGCACUCUGUGUUGGAACAGUAUGCCAAAUUCGUUAAGCCUGCCUUCGAUGAUUUUAUUCUUCCAUCCAAAAAGUAUGCUGACAUCAUCAUACCUCGCGGGGGAGAGAAUCGUGUGGCAAUUGACUUGAUUGUUCAACAUAUCCGCACUAAGCUCGGCCAGCAUAACCUCUGCAAAAUAUAUCCGAAUUUGAACGUUAUACAGUCUACUUUCCAGACCAGAGGCAUGCACACUCUUAUUCGUGACAGGGACAUAUCAAAGCAUGAUUUUGUAUUUUAUUCAGAUCGGCUAAUUCGUUUGGUAGUGGAACAUGGUCUUGGUUACUUGCCGUUUACAGAGAAACAAGUUAUCACACCUACAGGGUCAAUUUAUACCGGAGUUGAUUUUUGUAAGAAAUUGUGUGGAGUAUCCGUUAUUCGAAGCGGCGAAAGCAUGGAAAACGCUUUGCGUGCUUGCUGUAAAGGAAUAAAGAUUGGAAAAAUUCUUAUCCACCGUGAAGGUGACGAAACCCAGCUUAUCUAUGAGAAGCUUCCAAAAGAUAUUUCAGAGAGACAUGUUCUUCUCAUGGAUCCAGUACUUGGUACAGGUAACUCUGCCAGCCAAGCAAUCGAGCUUCUUUUAAAGAAGGGAGUUCCAGAAUCUCGGAUAAUAUUCCUUAACCUCAUUUCAGUAAGUUACAAUAAAUUUCAAAACUCAUUUCAGGCUCCCGAGGGAAUACAUUGUGUAUGUAAACGUUUUCCGCAUCUGAAAAUUGUCACAUCGGAGAUUGAGGAAGGAUUAAAUGACCAGUUCCGUGUCAUACCAGGGUUAGGAGAAUUUGGGGACCGCUACUUCGGUACGGAUGAUUCCUAGUUUGAAAGCAAAACAAAAAGAUUACAAGGGAAACAAAAAGAC